AUGUUGGACAUGGGGGAAAGGAAGGAAGUGAAAAUGAUCCCCAAGUCAUCGUUCAGCAUUAACAGCCUGGUGCCUGAAGCGGUCCAAAAUGACAACCACCCUCAGCCUCCUCAUCAUCACCACCACCAUCAUCACCAGCUCGCACAGCAAGCUCACCACCUCCAGAGCCACCACAGACCGGUGCAGGAAGAGGACGAACUGGACAAGAGCCUCCUGGAGGUCAAAACUGAGAGCUUACCACCUGGCAAGGUGGACUCAGCCUCCUCGGAGUUGCCUGGGGGAGAUGACAAGGACAAGCCGGAUGAGAAAAAGGUGGACGGUGGAGGUAAAGAUGGGGAAAAUGGCAAAGAAGGGGAGAAAAAGAACGGCAAAUAUGAGAAGCCCCCCUUCUCCUACAAUGCCCUCAUCAUGAUGGCCAUCCGCCAGAGUCCAGAGAAGCGUCUGACUCUCAAUGGCAUCUACGAGUUCAUCAUGAAGAACUUUCCUUACUACCGGGAGAACAAGCAAGGUUGGCAGAACUCCAUACGGCACAACCUCAGUCUGAACAAGUGUUUUGUCAAAGUACCUCGUCACUACGAUGACCCUGGCAAAGGUAACUACUGGAUGCUAGACCCCAGCAGCGACGACGUCUUCAUUGGUGGGACCACGGGGAAGCUCCGAAGGAGGUCUACAACAUCCAGGGCUAAACUGGCUUUCAAACGAGGGGCAAGGCUCACAUCCACCGGACUGACCUUCAUGGAUAGAGCUGGCUCCUUGUACUGGCCUAUGUCCCCUUUCCUCUCAUUGCAUCACCCAAGGGCCAGUAGCGCUUUGAGCUACAAUGGGACAACCUCAGCAUAUCCAAGCCACCCCAUGCCCUACAGCUCAGUAUUGACUCAAAACUCGUUGGGGAACAACCACUCUUUUUCUACGUCCAAUGGCUUGAGUGUAGAUAGACUUGUCAAUGGGGAGAUACCCUAUGCCACCCACCAUCUCACAGCCGCUGCCCUUGCUGCCUCUGUGCCCUGUGGGCUGCCAGUCCCUUGCUCUGGUACCUACUCCCUUAACCCUUGCUCUGUGAACCUUUUAGCUGGACAAACAGGCUACUUUUUCCCUCAUGUCCCCCACCCCUCCAUAACUUCACAAAGCAGCACUUCAAUGACAGCCAGAGCAGUCUCUUCUUCCACCUCACCCCAGGCUCCCUCCACCCUUGCCUGUGAAUCUCUCAGACCAUCCUUGCCAAGUUUCACAACAGGACUAACGGGAGGACUUUCUGAUUAUUUCACACAUCAAAAUCAGGGUUCAUCAACCAACAGUUUGAUACAUUAA